AUGGAUGAGUCACCAUCGCAUACAUCCCAAACCAAGAGUUCACCUCACCCGAAAAAAUUCAAAGAACAUGUCAGAACCAUUGGAGCAGAGUUUAGAGAUACUGAAGGACCGAUACGCAGGUUAAUAAUCCAUAAAGUGGUGUUGAACAACUUCAAGAGUUAUGGCGGUGUUACAACCAUAGGGCCAUUCCACAAAAGAUUCACCUCAAUUGUGGGCCCAAAUGGGUCCGGGAAGAGUAACGUGAUAGACGCGAUGCUAUUUGUGUUUGGAUUUAGAGCUAAACAGAUCAGAUUUGACAAGUUGUCGGAACUGAUCCACAACUCAAAGUACUACCUCAAUAAAAAUAACGGAAAGCCUUUACAAUCUAUGAAAGUCUCAAUACACUUUAUAGAAAUUCUAGAUUACGAUCCUGAUAUUGAUGAUUAUGAAGUUAUAGAGGGGAGUGAAAUGGUUAUUUCUAGAGAAGUUUUUUCUGACAAUACAUCCAAAUAUAGAUUAAACGGGACUGUUUGCACUCAAAAACAGAUAUCCAACGCGUUGAAAAGUUUUGGGAUGGAUUUGUACAAUAAUAGGUUUUUGAUAUUACAGGGAGAAGUCGAGCAGAUUUCUCAAAUGAAGCCGAAGGCAACUAAGCCAGACGAGGAAGGGUUACUUGAAUAUUUAGAGGAUAUUAUCGGAACCAACCAGUACCUGGAACAAAUCAACCAAGCCCUGGAAAAAUAUGAAGAGUUGCAGGAACAGUACCAGAUUUAUUUCAACAGAACAAUGGUUACACAGAAUGAAAUACAGGAUAUGCUUCCCGGUAAGGAAGAAGCUGAAGAAUAUUUAUCAAAAGAAAAUUUGUACCAUAAAUAUAACUAUUUGUUAACUAAACAUGAGUUGAUGGAUGUGCAAACAGAUAUGGAUGCAGUUACCGAUGAGCUUAAUACAAUUAAAGGAGAGUUAAAGUCCCACAAUGAAGGUAUUUCCACAGUGGUGGAACAGAAAAAUGAAAUCACAAAAAACCUGAAAAAAUUGGAGGUCGAGAUAAACAAGUUUAGUGCUAAACACCGAGAAUACGGAGAAGAGUUCAAAAAGCUGUGUAACAAAGACGAGGAUUUAAGAAUGCAAUUGCUGCAUGAAGUUAAAAAAGUGGAGGAGAAGACUAAACUGAUUAAAACACUAACAGCCAAGAUACCAGAACUAGAAAAACAGUCAAAAAAUAAAUUAGAAGAAUCCGAUGAGCUGAAGAAGAAGAUACCGAAUCUUGAGCAAGAAUUGGAAAAGGCAGAGAAAGAGUUUGAUGAAAUAAGGAAAUCUUUGGCCUCGGAAAGUGAAAAAUUAAUGCAAAACCUGCAAUUCCACGAAAAGAACCUGGCACCAGUUCAGGAAAAAUACGAUGAGGUAAAAAAUGAGCUUGGGUCAAUAGAAACUAAUUUACAGCUAAUUGAGAAAACACUUGGAGAGGAGGAGAACCGUAAACUGACACUAGAAACAGACCUAAAUAGCACUAAAAUAACAAUCCAGGCAAACAAAGAUAACCUUAAAAGCAUAUCUGAUAAGAUAAACGAUUGUGGCCAAAAGACGCAGAGACUAAUGAAAGAACUUGCAACGCUGGAGAACAAAAUCUCAGAAACUAACUCUAACCUAAUUCACACUAAAGUAUCCUAUGAAAGUAAACGCAACGAGGCAGGUCAGAACAAGUUCCAUAACUCAAUUCAUGAUUUUGUAAAAAAAUUAUCAAAAACCGACAGGGGAAUUUAUGGUCAAUUCGGCGAUUUGGUGACAGUUGAGGAUAAGUUUGAGAAAUCAUUUCUUGCCAUUUGUGGCGCUUUUUUAGAGUAUUUUGUGGUUGAGACCCCAGAAGUUGCAACCAAGAUAUUCACUCAACUCAGACAAAAUAACCUCGGAAAGGUAUCCUGCAUAGCAUUGUCAGUUAUUUCAAGUCAUUCAAACGCAGACUCAGGUCAACAAUGCGGAAAAUACGGGUUUCUGAACAAAUAUGUGUUCCCAAACUCAAAAGAUGAAAAUUAUGAAAAGAUCGUCAAGGUCAUAAACUAUUACACUAGAGAUGUUUUAGUGGUUGAAAACCUAGACGAGGCAGACGAGGUUUCAAGAAAAACGAAUAAGAGAGUGGUAACAAUUGAAGGGGAAGUUAUAGAAAAAGAUGGCCGUAUAACAGGGGGAGGUCUCGAGAGAAAUUUAAAAAAGUUCAAACAAAGCAAAAAAAGCUCUAGUUCAGAUAAGAGUGAAGACAUUAACACCAUAUACAAUAAGAUGGAGUCAUACGAGAGGGAAUUAAAGGAUCUUAAAGAGAGGCAGUCAGGGCUCUCAAUAGAGAAGGACAAGAACGACCUUCAUCUAAGAGAAUUAAACUUCACACUAGACGCUACAAAAAGAAAGAUUAACUCAGAUGAGAGUUACUUGAAGGAUUUAGAAGCUUCUCUUUCGUCACUCAAGAGUAGUAUUCAGAACCAGGAUAGUCAAAAUCAGAUAAAAGAGCUCAGGAAAAAGCUACAAGAAACACAGAAUAGAAAAGACUCAACCCAUGAGGAACUAGUAAAAAAGAAGACUGAAGUGGAUAAGUGCCUGAAGGAGUUAGAAAAUGUAGGAGGAGGUUCACUUGCGGCUUCCAAGGCAAAAGUUGCAGUCUGCGAAUCAAACUUGUCAAAACUCAGAAAACAAAUUGAAGAUUAUAGAGAACAAUAUGCGAUUUUGGCCGGGGAGUCUCAAAAGUAUUCAAGGGAUUUAACGAGGCUUGAUUCUGAUAUUCAACAGCACAAAACCAGAGAAAAAAACCUCGAAACCCAACUUGACCAGCUUGAGGAAGAAGCUUCCAAGAUCAAUGAAUGCCUGAUUGAAGUAAACAAUAAGCUAAAUGACCUAAAGUCUAGUCACAACGAGCUUACUGAGUCUAUGAAGCAAAUGACCAACCAGAUUAAAGAGCACGAUAUGCUAGUGAUUGAUCUGAAGCAUAAGCAGGAGAAGUGUGAAAAGUCCCUAUCCUUGUUGAAGAACACACAAAAGCAGAAGAAUGACAAGAUGAGUGAGUCUAAAAAACUCUUUUAUAACUCACUAAAAUCUUUAAAAACCAGCACCAAAUCCACUGAAUUGUAUAUUAGCACAAUGAAAUUGGACACUUUGUCCAUACACAGUAAUAGGGGGUCGAAAACGGGAGAUGAUCUAGUUCCCACAGACUCAAAUUUAAACCAAGAAAAUGAUUUAAAUAACCACAUCUCACCAGAAUAUGCAAAUUUAAACCAUUCUGAAUCCUCAAAUCUGAAUGAAUCUACUGAGUUAAAUGGUACAACUGAAUUAAAUGGGCUAAAUGAACUAAAUGGCACUACUGAGCUAAACUUAGUAAAUAGUGCAAACGAAUUAAAUAGUACAGCUGAAUUAAACGGAUCAAAUAAUUCAACUGACCUAUAUCAACUAAAUAAUUCAGACUAUUUAAAUGGAGUAAAUGGAAUUAAUGGCACUUCUGAAGGUAAGGAUUUGGUGAAGAAAGAGAAGGUGGAUGAUAUAGACGACUUAGUUGAAGAUGUUAGCGGGCUUAAUAAAAAGAUACAAUCAUUGAAAGCCCAACUAAACACAGUGCCUAAUUUAUCAGUAAUCGACUCGUUUGUUGAAAAGGUGAAGGAGUUUUCAAAUAGGAAAAAAAAUCUGCUGGACCUCCAGAACCAGAGAGAUGAAGCUAAGCUGUUGCAUGAAAACUUGUCCUUUAAAAGAAAGUCUGAGUUCCUGUUCAACUUUGAAAUCAUAGCAAAUAAGUUAAAGGAAAUAUACCAGAUGAUUACACUCGGAGGCGAUGCGGAAUUGGAGCUGGUGGAUGCUACAGAACCAUUUACAGAAGGAGUGCUGUUCUCAGUAAGACCAGUAAAGAAAAGUUGGAAACAAAUUUAUAAUUUAUCAGGAGGUGAGAAAACCCUAAGUUCACUGGCUCUGGUGUUUGCGCUUCAUCACUACAAACCGAACCCGGUGUAUUUUAUGGAUGAGAUAGAUGCAGCUCUGGACUUCAGAAACGUCUCAAUCAUAGCACAGAGCAUUAAGGAGAGGACGAAAGACGCCCAGUUCAUCAUCAUCUCGCUUAGAAACCAAAUGUUUGAAAUGUGUAACAAAAUGGUGGGAAUUUACAAGACCUUCGACGUUACCAAGUCCAUAGCGAUUAACCCACAGGCACUAAAUAAUCAGUAUUCUGAAGAAAACCCACAACCAUAA